GAUAGAUGGACAGAGACUCACUGACGGUUGGAAAGAGUUCGCUCUCUCGCAUGAUCUUCUGACAUUGUUGUUUUCAGACAAGAGAGAGAUAUGUGUUUCCACGUUACAAUGUUGGGACCUAGUUGUUGUGAGAUUCAAUAUGACUCUUCCAAUACCUUUCACAAAGGUAAAUGGCAUACAAAAUGCAAAGAAGAUGAGUUUCUUGGAUAAACAUGGCGUGAAAUGGUCUACGAGUCUGAGGUUGGAAAAGGACCGUCAGAGAAUGAGAUUGGUUGGAGGCUGGAAAGAGUUUUGCGAUGUGAAGAUAGGAUAAUCGAUCAUGUUGGAGCUAGUUUUGGAAGCAGACAAAAGCUUUGUUCUUAAGUUCUGCUCCAAGGUAAUGCAAGAGAUCAAAUGAAAACUGUUUCUGAUGUUAUUGAAUUAUAAGAAUGCUGGUUAAAAGCUCCAUGGAUGCUUUAUCUAAAUGCUUAUGGUCAUUGUUUUUUGAGUGUGUAAUGAUUUUAAUAUUUUUUUAGUAGACUAUGGUCAUUGUUUUUGUUUUUGGCAAAGAAGUAAUCGUUGAUCUUCCAUGUUAUGUAAAAUGAUCGAAAUCAAAUCUCUGUCUUUCCAAACAUCUUUAAACAGAUUGUGCUUAACUUCUUUGGUUUGUAUUUCUACCUACACUUGGAUUUUGAAUCCUAUAAUUCGGAUCGGACCAGGAUAUCCAAUUUUCUCACGAAUUAUAGAUAUCCUAUAUAUGCAAUGGUACUCUUGAACACGUGAGUUGCACGGGUGUUCACUUCACUUCACCUGGCUGCUUAUAAAACCGUCCAACUCUCCCAUAUUGAUGAACCGUCCCAGUUCCACUAUCCCAUAUUGAAACUGACAGUUACGUUUUUGAUGUUGUUUAUUUAUAACUUCUCUGUGACUUUAGGGUUCUAAUCCAGGGACCUAGGGUUAAGAAUUUUGACAUCAGCAAAUAUGGCAGAACCUACAAAGGAACAGAAGCAAUCAUCCAUUUUGCUAGAUUGUGUUUCGAAAUCGCAGCCUUCUCUAUCUGUGACGAAAGAACACACAUUGUCUAUGCCAGACUGGUCUCUUCUACCGAAGGAACUAUUGUACCUUAUCUCCAAGAAUCUGGAGGACGAGGACUACUGUUUCGAUGUUGUUCAUGCUCGCUCUGUUUGCACCUCGUGGCGAUCCACAUUUCCCUUUCCUUGUUGCCUUUUACGCCCAAGUUAUUCUCUUCCCUCGUUCGCUGAUUUCCCUUCAGAAAGCAAAGACUUGUGCACCCUGGAGAAGAUCCCUUUGUUCCUCUUUAGAGUCAAAACUCCUGCUACAUCACCGUCUAUGUAUUAUCUGGGAGACAUUGGCCGAGAUAACUCAGAGGAUCAUAUGAAGCAUCCAUCCCCGCUUCAAUGUUCGGUAAGAAUGAAGAUACCAGGAUCUGAUCCAACCUUAAUGAACAUGCUAGACUGCCAGAUCCUAUCUCUAGGCCAUCAGUACAAAAUGAUCAGUUGGGAUCCUCACUCAUUGGCAACCAGGUUCAGAGGCGUGGCUGUUCUUCCGCUAAACAAGGAGGAAGGAGGAGGAGGAUUUGUUGUGCUUAUCGGCUAUUCUCAUGAUUUGUUGGUGUUAAAAAGUGCUGAAAGGAGAUGGAUGCGUCUUGAGAAAACCUCAAUAGCUACUUGCUCGGGUAUAGUCACUUUUAGAGGCAGAUUUUAUGCAUUCUUUCUCAACGGGGACAUUUUUGUUAUCGAUCCUUAUUCGCUGGAAGCGACUCCCCUGAUGCCCUUGCAGCCUCUAAGCUCAAUAAAUUAUCUGGUCCAAUCUGGCAAUGAUGAACUUUUUCUUGUAGAGGCAACCCUCCCAGAUGCUGAAGUAAUAGAAUUUAGCCGGUUAACAUGCAGAGUGAGUAGGCUAGAUGAGGAGGCUGGUGUAUGGGUUGUGGUCAGCGAUAUAGGAGACCGUGUAUUUUUUAUUGGAGAGCAGGGAAAUGUCGCUUGCUCGGCUAAGGAGCUUCCCGAUGGUUGUGGUGUGAGUGGGAACUCAAUGUUGUUUACUAAUUGGCCAGGUGAUGUAAUUUACUUCUGUAAAUAUGGUGUGCCUACAGGAUACGUGGAAGACGACCUCAACUUUUGGCGAUUCUCAAGAGAGUAUCGUGUGAUGAUUCGUAACAAAUCUCCUCCCGUGGUGGCUUUUCGGGUUGAGCGCUAAACCGUGAAUUCUUACUUUAUGGUACCUGAGACUUCUGUUGGUUCUGUUUUUAUUAGAUUAAAUGACAAACUUUUCCUAUGACUUGAUUAAAGACUCGGUUUAAUUUCAAGGCUUAAUCUUUGUUGUUAAUUGUAAAAAUGGUUGUUUUAUGAACUCUUUAAACCAUGUCUGGUUGUGUUCUUGCUAUGAUACAGUCUUGUGUGUAACCAAAAUUCUCCAAACAAUGUCUGCUUUUGUCCCAAAAUCAAUUGAAAAAUCAGCAGCAAAUGCACAAUGGUGUACCAAGCACCCUUGAUGGCUACAAGCUUGAAAAACUGUACUCAAAAGAUGAAAUAAGCUUCAUGUAUAUUUUGGUGAACACAAGUA